AAAGGACAGCAAGAGCAACAGAGCUGCAUUAACGCGCCCAGACCUUUAACAGACACAGCACUGCCUGCCUGAAGCAGCUGUCAUACAGCAUGGCUCCCAUCAACGUGUGCAACCUAGCUCUGAGCUCUAAAGAAAAACUCAAAAUGAGAAAACCAGUGGUGGAAAAAAUGCGCAGGGACCGUAUCAACGUCAGCAUCGAGGAGCUGAAGAAACUGCUGCACAACGAGUUCAAGGCGCACCACCCCAGCUCCAAGCUGGAGAAAGCUGACAUCUUAGACAUGGCCGUGGGUUACCUGCGACAGAGCAGCCACCCGGCUUCCUUCAAGACCCCGCAGCACAGCUACAGCGACGGCUUCUCCCAGUGCUUGGAGGAGACGCUGCGCUUCCUGUCCUUCCAAGACCCGACGAAGGAAUCCCAGUUCCAAGUUCUGAAGCACUUCCAGAACACUCAGAUGGGCGCGCGGGAUCUGUCCAGCGCAGCGGCUGCACUGGGCUCCCAACACGGCUUUCCCAAACGCUCUUCCCAGGGCGAUUGCAAGGUGCUGUGGAGACCCUGGUAAACUCACACAGACAGUGUUCAUUGUAAAUCAGAGGAUCAUGACGUGGCUUCAUGCGACAGUGCAGAAAGAAAUCCUCUCCCAGUAGGAAAUAUGAAUUCCCCUUUUACAUAUGACAUUUUGUUUUGCAAAAGUUUGUCUCGUUCCGCUUUCUAUUGAAAGGCUAUGUGUUUUGCUGCUUGUUUUAGAGUUAUAUAAAGAGAAUAGCUUGCGUGUGAAUAUCACAAUAACUUUUAUAAGAGCAAUCUGUGCAUUGCAAUAAUAAUAAUAAUAAUAAUAAUAAUAAUAAUAAUAAUAAUAAUAAUAAUAAUAAUAAUAAUUGCCCGUGUUGUUUCCUUCAAUGUGAAGGUAUUUUCAUAAUUUUUGUAUAAAUUGUAAUGGGUUCUAUAAUAUUUAUAGACAGUUUGCGAUGUGUGAAUUGUGUUAUUUCAGAAUGAUUAAUCCGAGUCAUUAAUUAUGACGAGAUGUUCUCAUACCUUUGUAAGGUUUGUUGUUGUUUUUUUGGGGUAACAAACACAUUCCUGUACAUUUACCCAGAUGAUAUGUGUCGGGAAUGUGAUCCCCGAUAUGAAUUUCUGUGUUCAGAA